AUGUCCUCAUCUGAGAGUGGACUGUCAGAUACUGAAGACCCCAUGGCCAUUGUUUCAGACGAUGAGAUUGUCCCAGACCCUGAGAUUUUUACCUCUGACACUGAGAGUGACGAUGACGAUGAUUUCCAGCCUUUUGCAUUACCCGAUUUUGGUGACGAUGUACCACAUGCUGAUGGUUUACCCGACGAGGAUCCCUUUCUUGUUCCUAUUCCUGACCAGGACCAUCUCAUGCUCGGACAUCCCGAUGAUGAGCAUGUCGUGGUUCCGAUCCUCGCCCCUUUGCCUCUUGCGGCUUUUCCUCUCGAGGAUUUGCCUUUUGAUGAGUUGUCAGAUGAUGAUGUCGAUCUUUUCAUCGACGGCCCCCCUGAUGUUGCUCAGGGAGAUGGAGUUCCAACUGAUGGUGUUAUUGUUGUUCCACUUGUUGAGAUUCCUAUCGUUGAGAUUUCAUCUGAUCAUUCUGGUCCGGAUUCUUUCGAGUUUGUGUCAUCUACCACCUUGCACGCACUGGGACUGCAGCGUUACCCCACUGAUUCGGAUUCUGACACGGCCCUGUCUGUUGCACCUGCUAUUCCACAUGACGUUGAUCAUGACAUUGAGUUUGGACAUGAGAUUGACUUUGUUCCCGACGAUCAGCCUAUGGAUGCACCCGCUGAUCUCGAGCCGAUACCCGCUGAUCCUGAGCUGGCACCGGCCGACCCUGAGCCUAUGCUAGCACCCGAGCCUAUACCUUCUCCUGAUCCUUUGCCUGAUCAUGACCCUGUACCUGUUGGCAUACCUGUUGUUGCACCACUUGUACCCGAUCCGAUCCCUGCACCCGCUGACCAUGUUGUUUUUGCUGAUCAGAUAGAUCCCAGUUAUGCGUUCAUCAGCAAUGGGUGGAUAGAGGAUGAUGACGGCAUGCCCCCUUUUGUUGAGCCUGUUACUCCCCCACUUGCACCUACACAUGCACCUGUUGAUGUUGCCCCGUUUCACCCGUUUGUGUCUGAUGUGCACCGGACUGACUUGCCGAUCACAUUCUUACAGGAUAUCCCUCCACCCCGUCCAGGGGAAGGCUCGUCCAGUCAGCAGCAUAGCCAUGUUCCACACACGUCAGCAGCUUUUCCCUUCAUGCCCCAGUUUGCACUGACUGCUCAUUUUGCUUCUGCACCGUCAGGCGAGCCACUCAUAUGGUUUCCACCAAACACUAUGCCAGUUUCUGAUCCAUACCAUCCUUCACACUACACUGGUUACACGAGGGAUGAUUUACUCCUGUCUUUGCAGCUUUAG